AGCAAAGGUAAGCUCCUUCCAUUGGAGAUCAAUGAUAUUACAAAGCGUCCCGGUUCGAUCAUCCCUUUGACUGUUAUUGCACGAGAACGAGAAAGACGUUUUCUCGAGUGGCCUAAUUCGUCAGAGGAUGUCCUUCUAUGCGGAUAUACCAUCCGCCGAGACUAAUAAAGAAAGAGAAAAAAAAAUUAGAACAUACUCAUUUUGAGAAGCAUUCGGCGAAAACAACGUGUCCAAAUUGUUUGAAUUACAUUGAAACCGAUGUAAAACAUUACAACACUUGCAUGACACAUUUGAUAGCUACUUCUUUACUACCAGUGUGUAUGUGCUUCUUGCCGUAUUACUUGAUCGCUUUCAAAGAUACCGUUCACAGUUGUCCAAGAUGUAAAAUUUAUUUAGGGACUAAAUUUUCUAAUAGCAGAAAUUUCCUUGAACGAUUGAAAACAAAGAAAUCAGCCGACAAUAAUCUUUAA